AUGGCGGAUAGUUUUCUUGGGGACAUAUCACAGCAGCAACUUCAUCCCCUAUGGGAGGACACUUGGAUUUGGAAACCUGAACCUGCAGGAGACUACUCAACAAAAAGUGGAUAUGAUUUGAUAUGGGGAGAGCUGAUGGAGGUAAGACAGGAACAGGAUUGUGGGGCAAUAUGGAAACUCAAAAUACCCACAAAAACAGCAGUGUUCACUUGGAGGCUACUUCGGGAUAGAUUACCAACAAAGCAAAACCUUAGAAGGAGACAAAUACCGAUAGAUGAUAUGUUAUGUCCUUUAUGCAGAAAUAAGGAGGAGGGGGAUGAACACUUGUUCUUCAAUUGUAGCAAAACCCUCCCUUUAUGGUGGGAAUCAAUGUCCUGGGUUAAUCUUAUCACUGUAAUGCCACAAAAUCAUAGGGACCAUUUUCUGCAACAUGGAAUGGAGGUAGCAGAUGGAGUCAGGUCCAAAACCUGGAAAUGCUGGUGGAUUGCUUUAACUUGGACAAUAUGGCACCAUAGAAAUAAGGUGGUGUUCCAAGAUACAACUUUUCAUGGAAUCAAACUGUUAGAAGAUGCCUUAUUCCUACUAUGGUCAUGGAUCAAAGCAAUGGACAAGGAUUUUACUCUUCAUUUUAACCAAUGGUCCUCUAAUCUUAAGGAAGGAUUAGACCAAACAUACCUAUGUGAGGUGGCGAAGGAGAAGAAGCACAGACUUCUGACGAUGCUGGAGUGCGACGAACACGAUGCUCGACCUUAG